UACAUAACAUCAGUAUGGCGCGAAAGAGCGUGCGGGGCGGUCACGCGUAGCGUUCAAAAACUUACGCUGAGUAAAUUAAGUGACAGUUCUUUGUUUAUAAAUAAAACGUGCUGAAACAAAUAAAAGUUUGGUCAGACAUCGUAAAAAGAUUUUUUUCAUAUUCUUAUGUUGUAAAUAUUUGCUAUACUUGUUGGUAUAUUAUUGGGAUUUGGUGAAAUUGUGAUUUUUAUUAAGUAAUAGUUUCUAUUCUCUGGGCGAAUGGAUGUCUUUGUGUCAAGGUGUUUAUACUGAGUUGGCGGAAACAAGAUGGCCGUCUUCAGUGACGUCACGUUCGCGCAAGAUGGCGGCGGGAAUAUCAAACUUCAUCCUUAUGUGGUCGCCCUAGUUCGCUGGUGCGUGUCCUGCCUCUGGAGCACGGCCACCGUUCUGCUGCACCGUCUGGUGACCGCCCCGCUGCCGCCCAUCGCUGCCCCCAAGCCGCCCACCGGACCGAAGCCCCCGACGCGGCCGGCGUCCUCGGGGCACAUCCGAGCAGAGCCCCUGGUGUCCUGCCAGGUGCUGCACCAGCCGCCCCAAGCUGACAUGGACGUGGUGUUCGUGCAUGGGCUUUACGGGUCUUUGGAGAACACAUGGCGGCAAGGAGACUGGAGGUCAAAAUACAAGAUUGGACCAAACAAAGUACCUCUAAAGCGAUCUUCUUCCAUUCCCACCCCCUGCAUUUGUGAAGGAUGUACGGUCAAAGACAGAAUCUGUCUAAGAGACGAAAAUGACAGCAUCAUCAAUGUAAAUCCGAAAGCGAAGAGGAGCGUUAGCAAUAUAGAAUUCAGAGAAAGUAACGAGAAUUUUUCGAAAGCAAAUGAAAGACAAUACUUUAUUGACCAAGUCAAAACUGUAGUGCCAAACGACGAAAUGUUUAUGACUGAGAAAUUCUAUAACAACACAUUAUUGAAUCAAGUCAACAUAGUCGACAACUAUGAAAUGCAGGCGAAAUUCGUAAGGGAUCUUUUCAAAUGUGAAAAUAUGUGUGAUAGUGAUAUGAAAUUUAUCUGUGAUGAAAUGAAUCAUAACAUUGUUGAUAAGGAUAAUGUAGAAAAUGGUUCUAAGAGUAUAGAAUUAGAUCGUCAAGAUAAACACGAUUCUAAUGUAGAAUAUAUGUGUGAAUGUGGAGAAAGUGGUAGGGACUGUGAAGUGGGCUGCGGUUGUAUUUGUGACAAGUGUUAUUCGCCGUGUUGGCCCAAAGACUGGUUGCAAGUGGACUUUCCUAAUGCGAGAAUCAUUUCAAUAAAUUACACGAGCGAUCCGUACUUGUGGCGACCCCUGUGGGUGAAGGAGUGCAAACGUCUCCGACUCCACGAGAGAGCUGAACAGAUGACCAGGCAGCUGUUGGACCUUGGCGUGGGACGGAAGCCGGUGGUCUGGGUCGGACAUUCCAAAGGCGGCUUGUUCAUCAAGCAGAUUUACUGUGAAGCUUACGAAGAAUAUUUGAAAACAAAAGAAGGGAGGAAUGUCGAACAGAAUAAUCAAGAAAGACAAACUAUUGAAUGUAAUGAAUGUCAAAACAAAACUGAUUCCACCGAUACAAUACAAAAUGUAGACAUCGACGAGAAUAGAUUAAAAGAAACAUAUUUAAAUCAAUCUAAAAGAACUGAUAUUAAAAUAGAAAAUAAAUUAAAUGAAGGCGAAGAUUAUAGUGCAACUGAAACCAAAGACAACCGGAUAAAUAAUAAAGAUCUCGAAAACGAUGAGUACAGCCCUGAAGCGAGAGCACACCUUUGGUCGAAUAGUACAGGGUUUAUGUUUUACUCAGUUCCACAUAGAGGAUCAUCGCUGGCUGAUAUCAAAACCCCAAUAACAGCUAGAAGUAUCGAACUGUUGGAAAUAAGUAAAGACAACUCGCUGGUCCUGUCGCUGCACUCGCGCUGGCUCCGAGCCACCGAGCCAAAGGCGCCGCUGGUCCGCAGCCUCGUUGAGACCAACCGCACCCUCAUGUCGGUUCUGUGGCUGAGGAUAGUGAGCGUCGAAUCUGCUGAUGCUGGCAUCGGAGCUCUAUGCGGUAUAUCUGUGGAUCACAGGGAGAUCUGCAAGCCAUCCAGUCGUUCCUGCAUUCUCUACAAAGAACUCAUUAACCUAAUACACGCAUCUGUCGACAGGUGGCGUUGUAACUCAUUUCACUCGAAAUGAAAAACGGGAGUUUUCAGAAUGAGACAAAACAUCAGUAAUCGAUCUGUAUACAGUGCAAUAAGAAGUUGGAAAAGAUUUUUAAAUUCCUAUAUUAUACAUAGUAUUUGUUUGAAAAAAUUAAGGGUUUGAUCAAGGAACUAAAUUUAAUAUUAUUGUGUACUCUUGACAGUAUUGCCGUCAUAAGAAAUAUUAACUAGAAUCGAUGCUAAAAAGGCUGUGUUAGUAAUACUUUUUUGGCACUGAAACUGACAAAAUGAUAAGAAUUAUAGUUUUAAUAGUCUGUGUUGCCGACACGACACGCUAAGAAGUCAAAAGAA